ACCUCCUCUACAGAGUAUAUAAUUAGUAGCAACCUGCCCAGGAGAUGAAGCAAUUCUUUGGAUUACCCUAGAGUCCUACUACUUACCUCAAUCAUUUCUACCAAGUACUAGUACUAUUCCCCUAUUAUUGUUCUCUAAUUCAAAGAGUGCGGGAGAAAUCUGCUGCUGCUGCUGCUGCUGGUGGGAAAUCGCUGCUGCCUAGAAUGACGCCGUCCCCCCCCCAAGACCUCCUGAAAUAUCUCCCCGACCAUCGGGUGCUGGUGUGUAUGCAGUGUCGCUAUGCCAUCCAGCCGAAUGCCGUCGCGCGCCAUCUCAAGGAGAUCCAUCACAUCCAUCGCGGCGACCGUCGACCCUUUGUCGAGUAUGCCGGCCAGUUCGACCUCGCAGACCCCGCCAAGGUCGUCUAUCCCGACCUCACCCAGUUCCCCGUCCCCGUCUUGCCGGUCGAGAACGGAGUGGCCUGUCGGUUUGCCGGCUGUGGCCAUCUCUGCGUCACCGUCAAGCGUAUGAAGCAGCAUUGGAUGACCGUCCAUCGCAUGUCGGCCAGGGACGGCAUCGACUGGCGCAACGUGCAGGUGCAGACCUUUUUCCGAGGCAACGCCCUCAAGUAUUUCACGGGGGAAAGGUCGGAAGAAGUCCAGCCGGAGAAAGGGUGCAGUCGAAGGGAUUUCGCCCCGGUGACGCUGAACUUUUCUCCCGCCUCACCAGAUGGACCGCUUGCGGAGAUCGAGCAAAGGCUAAUCGAGAAAUAUCACCUCGACUCGCUCGAUUCAGAGCUGCUUCGGCAUUAUCUCCGUCAUACAAGCCAGACCAUCGAUCCUCGCCCCGAGACGCAGACUGCCUUUCAGACUGCCGUCCCCAAAAUCGCUUACAACUUCCACUUCCUUCUCCAGGGAAUGCUCUCCUGCGCCGCCAUGCAUCUCGCCCAGAUCACUCCUUCCAGGGGGGCCUUCUCGUACAGAGCCACCGCGGCAAAGCACCACGACGCCGCUCUUCCGACCUUCCGCCACGCAAUGCUCACCAUCAGCAGUCACAACUGCAACGCCGUCAUGGCAUUCAGCUUCUUCAUGAUGAUCUACACCCUAUCCCGUGCCGAUGAUGCGGACAGCUUGCUCCUCAUCCGCGAGUCCACCACCACCACCACCAUUGCUGCUUGGAUGGAAGUCCUCCGCACACGAUGUAACCUCCUUGAUUCCUGCUGGGAAAACAUUAUUUGCGGGCCGAUAGGGCCCCUGGCUUCUCUAUGGCGACACAACGACCAAAAAACCGUCGUAUCCCCGACAGACCCUCUCCUCUGUAAACUCCUCUCGAUACGAAACUGCUCAGCAUCGUUUCACCCCUGGAACGAAAGUGACACGAAACUCUACAACAACGCCGCGGUGGAACUCACCCGUGCCAUCUCCCUUGCAAGCCGUAUGGGUCACACGCUUACCAUCUGGGAUGCCCUAGGGACGUGGCCGUUGAAUCUUGCAGACGGCUUCUUCGAUUUGCUCCUUGCCAUGCAUCCGGGCGCCUUGAUUCUCCUCGCUCAGUACGGAACGCUAUUGGCAUCCGUGCAGACUUUGUGGUUCUUCAACGGCCACGCUGGGAAACUGCUCGACAGGGUGCGUUCUUUGGUAGAUCCCAGGUGGGAAAAGUUCUUGCAGGCAGAUUACAUGCAUUCAUAAUUACCCUUGAGAAGCAUAUGUAUUAUACAAUGAGUUAUUAAUGUUUGAUUACCCUUUUGAAUCUCCUUGAAAUUAUACCCUAGGCUUUGCCAGGAAGAGAUUAUGAUAGUACAAGAAUAGAAGAUAUAGUUCUAUUUCAUUUUUC